AUGGCACGGGGAACCAUGGUACCCACCCUUUUGGUGCUGCUUCUGGCUGUUUGGUGUGCAACCACCAUCGUCCAGGGAAAGGAGUGGACCGUUGGUGACAAUAAGGGAUGGAGCUUCGGCGUCUCCGGAUGGGAGAGCGGCAAGCACAUCCAGUCCGGCGACGUGCUCGUUUUCAAGUACAACCCGAGUAUGCACAACGUGGUGCAGGUGGGAGAAGGCGACUACAACUCAUGCAGGGUCUCGGGCCCGUCAAGGACCUACACCUCCGGCAAUGACCACAUCCAGCUUGCCCGCGGAGGCAAAGCGUUCUUCAUCUGCAGCCUUCCGGGUCACUGCCAGCAAGGCAUGAAGAUCGAUGUCACUGCUUAA